UAGGCAACUUUAUUAGGAUACGGCCGAAUUCAGAAAGACGAUCCAGUGGGUGCUAUUGUUCGAGGAAAUGCGGCAUUAUCUAGACAAGUUGUCUUUGCGGUCAUCACGGCGAGCCUCUAUCAAUGCCACAUCAGCGAGAUACGCCUCUGUAGGUUGCUUAUCGCCGGAAGGUAAGGAACCGCCGCCAGGGCUGAGGCGUUGUAUAUUUGCGCUCCUCCAUGAUAUACACCGGGCUCUGUGACCGCGCGGGUGUAAGGCGCCGACGCGAGACAGGCAGGUCUGUAUGUACGGUGCGUGCUCCGAGGAUAGGAAAGCUCAGGAUGCCAGCACGGCUCCCUCGAGGUGUGAUACCUACUUUGGUGGUGCUGUGGGUGCACGUGUCAACAAUAUCCGCAGAUACGUGCACAUUCGAGAACGGUCCAUGCAGCAAGUGGGUGUCCAGCAACUGCAGUGAAGGUGCUUGCUUCCAGGUGCACAAGGUGUCCGACAUGAAGCACGGCCCCACCGUGGACCACACCCUUCACUUAGACGAGGGUUCCUGCUACUACGCAACGGCCGGCUCCGUUGAUGACGGAAGCCGCACCGCUAUGCUGGCGUAUAAGACGACGGGGCCGCUGUGCUUCACGGCCUGGUACCACCAGUCAGGCACGGACCAUCCACCGGCCGUCUUCUCGGUGGAAAAUGACAACGGCGUCUGCACCGAUUUCUACGCCACCCGUCGGGACGCAGCGGGCCGCUGGCAACGCGUACGGUACUCGGAGAAACACAACGGGGAGGUACAGAUUCGUGUACGCUACCACAUCAGAGAUGUAUUUGAGAGGGGCACUCUGGCACUCGACGACCUCACAGCGGAGAGCAGAGAGUGUCCCGACGAGCCUAAAGACGGUUCCUGUGACUUCGACUGGGGCGAGACUUGUGGGUACAACUUUGGAGGUAAAAACAGAACGUGGAAGCACAGCCUACGUCCAGGCGAACUGCCUUUCAGAGACUACUCAACCGGCGGAAUGCUCGGUGGCAUGGCCUACUUGGAAGCAGACGGCAGGCCUUUACAAGAAUCUUUGACGUCGCCAACACUGCCUGGCCGACCGGAUGUGCAGUGCCUUCGCUUUCAUUAUUACGUAUCAGGGAGUGAACAAACAACAGGAAAGUUAUUAACUACCAUUUCUUCCCCAGGAACAGCGAACCAGCCUAUUUGGGAGCGAUCAAAGGAAGGAAUAAUCCGAGACGCCUGGACGGCAGUGGACGUGGCUUUCAAGCAUACACUAGAUUUUAAAAUAACAUUCACAUGCAUCCUGUUGCCAAACGAGUUCGUCCGAAAGCCUGCCUGCGCAAUAGAUGCCAUCGAGCUUGACGACUGCGCGGGAACAAGAGCGCCAAAAGACAGGAAGUGCGACUUCGAGGAUGGCUGGUGCGCAUGGAAAAACAACAACACGUCGAACAACGAUCUCGCCUGGAUGCUAGGGGGAGAAAAUCUGAAAACUACGCUCCUCAGGCCAAGCCACGACCACACCUAUGGAAACAGAACUGGGUCAUAUCUGUUCCUCAGCAACUUCGAGAGGAACACAGGUGACCAAGCAGAUCUUAUUGGUGAGGACCUUUUCACAUUCGGCUCGAUGACGCAAUGCGUCGAGUUUUGGUACGAUAUCAACGGAGACAAGGAGACAAGUCUGGAGGUACUGGUCAUCAAUCCGACCGGUAAGACGCACAAAGCCAAACCCCUGUGGAAGCAGAAAGGUGCCGACCGAAGCACUUGGCAGAUGGGACGAGUCGCUGCGACUCGAUACAGCAGGCUCAUUUUUCGUGGAGCCGUUGGGCCGUCGUUGGAACCAGCGUACAUUGCGCUUGACGACAUCAGCGUCAGUGAGAACGAUAGGUGCGAAACGCUGCCCCAAGGAGCUGGCCAAUCAGAUGCAGAUGACCUUGUCAGCUGUGACUUCGAAACAGGAGACCUUUGUCACUGGACCUCUGAAAGUAGAGUAGCACCAGUGUGGAAAUUCGGACCACCAGCUAGCUCCUCUCUGGGCCCCCUUCAGGCGCCAGAAGACAAAGGCGGCAUGAUCCACCUCACCGGAUCGUCACUCGCGAACAACAGCGGCCGCGCUCUACUGUCCUCGGGUGCGGUAGAGACACAGACAGAGGCGGCUUGUUUCUCCUUCUGGUACCACAUGUUCGGAGGCGACGGCGUGCAGCUGGAGCUCUACCUGAAGAAGUCGGUCCGUUCAGCUGGCGCUAUGUGGCAGACCUACAUGCUCUUUAGCCACAGUGACCGCACAACGGCAGACCGGUGGUACAAUGUGCGCCGAACGGUGCUCCUGGAUGCUCAGAACAAUAAGUUUGUGUUCUCUUUGACGGCCAUUCGGGAAAAUCCGAACGCAGCUGUUGUUGCCUUGGGACCGCUAGAUUUCACGCAAGGUCCAUGCGACGUGCUUACAGACUCUAAAGGCUACUGUGACUUUGAAGCCGACCUAUGUGGCUGGGAGUCCAGCACGGUCUGGAAGCGGGGAGUGAAGCUAUUUUCAAAUGAUGACCCGGCCCACCAUGUGCGUUCAGGACCUGUCAAUUCUGCCUACGUUCUGAGGGCCGCCAUGCCCUCACAUACUGAGAAAGUGGCCACCGUGACCAGCCCCGAAUUUCCUGGCCAGAGCGAGCCGCAUUGCCUGGAGUUCUGGUACAGUCAGACCGGUACAAGCGACGCAAAGCUACAGGCUGAGAUUUUGGUGCAGCAAGAAAGCAAAGUCAUCUGGACCAAGCCAUCGUUCUCAAAGGGUGACUGGAUGCUGGCGCGAGUGCAGUUUGUGCAGGACCAGAGCUUCAAGGUUGUGUUCCGGGCAACUUUACCAGCCAAUACUUUGGUGGCGCUGAGCCUGGACAAUGUGGCAGUGCGGCCGGAGCCGUGCGUCCACCCGUUAGAGUGUGACUUCACAGAAGGCCUGUGCGGAUACGUGAACAGAUUCGAAGGAGACUUCCGCUGGCUCAUUGGUGCCGGUCGGCUCGAAAAUCCUCAAAUGCAGCCAAAGGCACCCAUUCCUCAGGGUGCCUACUCAUCGUACGCUUACCUGGAUCUGACGACGGGAACAGCAACGAACACCGCCACGGUCAAGUCGCAUAAAGUUACAGUGGUUGGCCUACUGAGCCCUGUGUUCAACGUAUUUGACAAUCAAACCACUCUUGUCAUCCAGUACUACCGAAACGGGCCAGAUAUUGUGACAGCAAACUUGUCCGUCUCCUGCUAUGACGAUGGAAAACCAGGAAAAGUUGAGACGCAGCUUUCCUUGGACAUGGCUGAAGUAUCUGAGUGGAGUACACUGAAUGUGUCCCCGAAGCAAGGCGCCAACUGCCAACUGUCGGUGCAAGUCACACGCGGAGAUGGCACUGACGGGGCAAUGGCAAUUGGUGCCAUCCGAGUGCAGUCAGCCACCGUUCAAGAACCGGAUACAGAAUCAGCCAAUCAUUGCACGUUUGAAGAUGGAACCAUGUGCGGCUGGAAAACAGACGGCGGCUCGCUGACGUGGACGCUCAACGAACCAGCAAAGAAAGUCCCCGACUACCCACGCUUCGACCGCACCCUUCGAGCUUACAAAGGUCGUUUCAUCUUCGCGGAAAACAAGAAUGUUUCGAAGGAGACGGCUGUUCUCAAGAGCCCCGUGUUGGAUGUGAAUGCUACCGGCGGGGCUUGCUUCAGCUUCUGGCACUUUGCCGUUCACCACAACUUCGGCAACAUUUCCGUCAUCUCGGGAAAGCAGGAACUGUUCCGCACGGUCACACGCAAUGGUCACCGCUGGGAGCACGAAUUGGCCGAUUUCACCAUGCCUACUGAAGGAUUCCAGCUGGAGAUCCGGGCGUCCAUAGAACGUGGUAUAGUGUCGUUGGACGAUCUGAAGGUAACCGCUGGACCAUGCCCUCCGCGAGAUUUUUGCUCCUGGGAGAACGGUUCGUCGUGCAAAUUUUUCAGCAGUCCCGGCAAUGUCGCCCAGUGGAGACGUCGCCGCGCAUCGGCGAUUGGUGUACCCGACCACACGCUCAACAGCCUAGAAGGCUAUUACUUGUUUUUGAACACGACGGCACUGAAGUCACACCACCCGAUGUCCAGAGUGUUCUUGUCCAGCAGGAAACCGACUGAAGCCACCUGCGUAACCUUCUGGUGGAGGGGCAAGGGCGCCCGAAGUCAACUGAAUGUGUACAGGUACACCAAAGAGACGGCGUUUCGGGACCCGCUGCUGUCGAUGCGUACGGACAACGAAGGCAAUUGUUGGACUGCGCGCUCGGUCACUGUCUCUGCGACAACCUCCUGGGCCCUUGUCUUCGAAGUCGUGGCCCCCGCUGGCGAAAAGCGUCAGUCAGGUGUCAUGGUCGAUGACGUCGAAUACUCGGAUGGCGAAUGCCCGCUUUACAACUUGUGCACAUUUGAAGACGAGUGCCUACCGUGGGUUAUUCCGGCAAAAGGCGGAGAGUCAAGGUUCGAGGUUGAACGGGCUGGGUCCUUCAGUAAGCUGUCUAAAGAUCACACAACAUCUACUGAAGCAGGUUACUAUCUUCUCUACAGAAGCCCCGGCAUCAAGGGCAACCGGACAUCGUUGGAACUCCGCGAGCCAUCACGCUACCUAUACUCGUGUGUAUCCAUGUGGUACUUCCUGCCUUCCCUACCGAAUGGAGUGAGUCUUCGGCUACAUUCAGAAAGCAUCGCCAACGGUACCAACACCUGGAAGCAGAAGCGGUUUCGCUUCUCUCGUGCAAGACAAGUUCCCAUUGAGGCGAUCGCCGGAAGUAACGCCGACGGAUUUCUUGCAAUCGACGACCUGCUAAUUGAUGAUACUGAGUGCAACGACGAAAGCCAGUCGGGGAGUGCAGAGUUCCAGUGCGGCGACGGUAAGACGGUGCCGCGGGACCGCGUGUGCGACUUCGUGGCCGACUGCGACGACCGCGCUGACGAGCGCAGCUGCGGGCAGUGUGACUUCAGCGAAGGCGCAUGCGGCUGGAACCUGGACGAUGCCCGAAACCGGGGCACGACAGCCUGGCAGGUGGUCCCCAUAGGACUGGUUCCCAAGUCGCCACCCAAUGGAGCCGACUACCGACGCGAUGGCAAUUAUUUGCUCGUGUACGCAAACAGCACAAGGACGACGCAGCAUGGCCGCGCCAGCAUCGAGUCACCCAAGGUCAGGAACACCGGGCAACUGUGUACCCUCUUCUUUUGGUACAACUAUGAUAAAGCCGGAACUAAUCUGGACGUGGACCUUUAUAUGACGGUGGCUGGAUACACCAUGCCCGUGUGGACCCUCGGUGCCUUGGGAAAAUCAUCACCCGAAGGAAUUUGGAACGGAGCGGCCGUGGAGAUUGGGCGACAACCGCGUGAAGUCAGCUUCUACUUCUCGACCAACCAGUACCCACAAGCAAGGGCCCUCUUUGCCGUGGACGCCAUACACUACAGUACAUGCGCACUACCAUCUAAGGCAGGGAACUGCACUGAAUCCCAGUUUCACUGUGACAACGAUGUUUGUGUGGAUUCGUACGAGCGCUGCAACUACGCUGACGACUGUGGGGACAACAGUGAUGAAAAGGAAUGCGGUGACUAUCGACUUGGAUGCAACUUCGACUCAUCGUUCUGCGACUGGUUGCCUCAAGCGCCGUCGCCCGCGAAAGCUACGGGUUGGGAAUUGGGUACACCUUCGUCACUUUUGUCAAGAGGACCCAGCAGGGAUCAUACAACCGGCACACAAGAAGGGAAAUUUAUUAUCCUACAUUCAACUUUGUCACAGAAGAAUGCCACUAUCAUCGGCCCAACGCUCCAUAACGCGAAAUUCUGUGCCAUGACAUUCUUUUACACAGUCCAAGGCGAGAGCGAACCACAGCUAUCGUUGAAUGUGCGCACAACUAAAGAUGGGUCAUGGAAACGUGUGUGGUCCCAACCUCAUCCAACCCAAUUCUGGCACUUCGUUCCUGAUACUGUAUUCUUCGAGGAGAAAGAGCCGUACCAGGUUGCAUUUAUUGGAGAACAUGGGAGAUCUAGAAAGCCCGGCUACAUUGCCAUUGACGACAUCACGUUUUCAGAAAGCUGCGAGAUUUACCACGAAGCCCUGCCAGAAACCCCGACACCAAGUCCACCAUCAUUCACCUGUAAGGUCAACGAGUACCAGUGCGGUGACAGUGAGCAGUGCAUUCCCGUCGCUCAAGUGUGUGACUUCAAAAAUGACUGCGCCAAUAAUGCUGACGAAGCUCAAUGUGGUGCUUGUGAUGACUUUUCGACAAGUUUGUGCGGCCUCGAAAAUGAGGAGCCCAAUGGGCGCUUUGGGUGGAAGCGGACAACAGCUCGAGAUGCAAAGCAGAAGAAACUCUACCCCUCCACCGACAGCAUGUUCAACCCAGAUGGAGCCUACGCUGCAUAUUCACUGCUCAACGCUGAUGUGCCCGUGCCGAGCAGUGCCAUAUUGAUGGUGACACCACGACUGGGCCAGAUUGCGCACUCUUGCGUCGUCAAUUUCUAUGCCUAUGUUGCCGACGACGCAUCUUCAAUCCUCACUUUUGGAGUGUUGCCCCCAUCAGCGGUUGGAAAUCAAUCUAGCGGCGUCGUCGAGCUGUCUGAACUGCGCGAUAACCGCUACAAAGGCAAGUGGGUAGAGGUUACUGUGAAGGUUGGCAACUGGGACGCCGGAGCUAGGUUUUUUUACCGUGCCGGAAGUGUGGGUGUCAGCGUAGACCGUCCGAAGUACAUCAAUUGCCAUCCAGAUGCACAAAGCGAAGGAUCUGAAUUGACUAAACAGGUGAGCUGUGAUUUCUCCAACCCAAAGGACUGUGGCUGGUUCCCCGAGCGUCAGGCCACCGAUGUCGAUUGGGUUCUUUACACGGGCGGUAUUGGUCUGCCUCGACCCAUGUGGCAACCCCCGUUUGUUCUCGCACCCAGCGGUGCCUUCAUGAUAGCCAAGAGCAAGUUCCCUGUUAUAAAGAAGGCCCAUCUUGUCUCAAUCCGAAUGAGUCCCACACCAGACAUUGGACGCUGCUUCACCUUCUGGUACAACAUGUGGCAUCCAAACAGCGGGGAGCUUCACGUUCUUCAGCGAGUGGUCAAUGAUUCAACGAGGUUGCUCUGGCGUCGGGUCGGACCACAGGGCAAGGAAUGGCACCUUGGGAACGUGCAGCUGCACAGCUACGAGUCCCACCAGCUGGUCAUCGAAGCUGUCUUAAAACCCAACAUCCCUGGCAUAAUAGCCAUCGACCUUUUCACACUCAAGGAUGGUCCAUGUGACACUGGCAAAGAAUGCACGUUCGAGUCAGGCACAUGCGGCUGGCAGCUUCGCAACUGGGAACUGACGAAAGGCAACAGUGCCGCAUUGCCUCUGGACGACCACAGCAUGAGAGCACCUUCAGGCAGCUUUGCCGUGGCCAAGUCUCCUGGUGGCCGCAUGCUAAGCCCGCCGGGUUGGUACGAUGCCACACAGGACAGAUGUCUCCGCUUCUGGUUCUUUCUCUCCGGCACGGUGGCUGAGACUCUUAACGUCACCCGGGUGCUGGACCAGAACAGCGAGGUGUCCCUAUGGUCCCAAACAGCAACUAAUGCCCCUUUGAAGAUCUGGUACUCUGCCGCUGUCAACCUGACCAGCCAUCAAGGAGACGUUGUCACGGUGUUCGAAGGGGUAGCCUCCGGCGACCCUGGCACUGCUGUAGCUGUGGAUGACAUUGGCCUGAGUGAGGCGCCUUGUCCACCACCAGGCAGCUGUUCAUUUGAGGAAGAUAUGUGUAACUGGUACAACAACAAGGGCCUCGCCUACGCACAGUGGUACCGACACAAGGGCCCCACUGUCUCUUUCCUGAGCCGGCUGGAGAAAGACCACACAAGGGGCACUAGUGACGGAUACUACCUGCUUCUGGACUCUGAGGACCAGGCUGCAAUACAGCGUGGCAUUUUGCAGAGCCAGACCCUUGCUUUGGGUCCCGUCGUGUGUUUCCAGCUUUACUACCACAUGCAGAAAGGAACCAAAGCCUGGCUGAACGUCACGUUUGUUGAGCCAUCCGGAUCCCUUUCUGGCGACCAUACGACUGUUUAUUCCACAAGCUCCAUUGACUGGACUCUGCUUUAUGUGGAGCGGGACGAUUUGCCUGAUAUAUUCUCGGUUAUUAUCACCGCGACGGCUGGAAAGUUUGCGGGAAAUGUUGCCAUUGAUGACAUUUAUGUACGCUCGGGCAAGUGUGGAUCAACAUCACAAGUCACAACUGUCCCACGAACUUCCACCGCGAGGUCCACAACGUCGUCAGUGGUUCCUGAGCAGCCAUUCACAGAGGAGACUACAGUUUCACCGAUUACAGAUGGACCAACAAAUCCCUCAACAGAGGCUGAACUAACAACUGCGACAACUGCAACACCAGGCCCACUUUCGACAGAGCCAUCAUUGGAAUGUUCUCGCGGUGAAUUCAGCUGCAGAGAUGGCACCACCUGCAUCCCCGCCUUGCUCACGUGUGAUGGUGUUCCUGAUUGUCCUAAUGGACUCGAUGAAAUAUGCAGUAUGAAGAGCACGAACAUAUGUAGCGAAGAUAAGUUCUAUUGUCCAACUAAGUAUCCUGACACUUGCCUUCCACGGUCCCUCCUCUGCGAUGGUCACGAAGACUGCUUUGGCAGCGCGGAUGAGUCUCUUUGUGGGGUGUGCCCGGACUCCUACUGCCGGCACGGCGGCACGUGCUCAUGGACACAGAACAAGCGGAGCCCUGUUUGCAACUGUAGCGGAAGCUAUGCGGGAGCACGCUGCCAGUACUCCAGCAAUGUUACCGAAGGAGACAACGAUGCAGUCAAAGCGUCGGGCAGUUCUGGCCCCAUCGUGGCCGGAAUUCUGAUCGUGAUGGCAAUAGGCUUAAUCUCAACUGUGAUUGCAGUCAUCGUGUUCAGGAGAAAACGUGCAACGCAGGGCUCUCAAACACUUCUCCACAGCGCUGCAUACGAUGUCUCCAGAGAGGAAACAGAAUUUUUGGGCUGACAGGAAAUCUCACAUCGCAGCAUAUGGCCAGUGGAAAGGAAAUGUUUCAUGGCGUGUACAGUAUACGAACUUGUUUCUGUAAAGGCCUAUUUAUACUACUGUAUCGAAAAUAAAUGAUGGUGUACAAAUAAGUAGUUUGCUUGUUAUGCACUGACUAUACGAAUUGCAGAUAAU